UGUAUUUACAUCAGUGCUCCAUCUGUAUUGUUGACAGCGCGCUAUUUGAAUUGUUGGAUUUAUAAAUUAAAUACUAUUAUUGUAUAGAAAACGUAACUAUAUAUACAUUUUUUGCUGUAAAUGUUGUUAUCGAACAUUACAAUUUUUAAUUUUCUGAUAAUUUGUUAUAUAUUUUUAAUGUCGAUACAGUUUUAACUUCUGUGAGUAUCUAACCUAUAACCUGUAAUGUAUCUUUUAUUGAAAUCGUAGUAGAUUGCGGUUAAUAAACCCAAUUUACGUAUUCAUCAUGGAAGUGCUGAAAGAGUGUGCAGCUUACUUGAGCAACUAUGAAGUUCUGGACAUUUUGCAAAAUAUAAAAGCAAAUAAAAAACAGAAGAUGAAACAAAAUCAAUUGGCAACUAUAACUUAUCAAACUAUACGAUAUUUAGAAGAAACUCCAUGUAAAAAACAAUCGUCUGAGAAGAUUAGAGACUUCUUGAAAGCAGUGGAAUCCUUUAAAUUAACAAAAUGUGAAAAGUUGACUCUUUUAAAUGUCUGUCCCAAAACACCUCUUGAAAUACAAUUGAUUGUGGAAGACAGCGAAGAACGCUUGUCUGAUGAGGAAGUAGAAUCUUUACUUCAAGCAGUAACAAAUUAUUUGGGUGAAGAAGAGCAAGUUGAAAAAGAUGGGUAACAUAUUGUAACUAUUUUACAUUUAUAAGUUUUUUAAAAAUAUUUUAUAUAUGUUAUGUACAUUUUAUUCAUAAUAAACAUGGAAAUAGUAUAAUAUUAAA